CAGUGUAUCGACGAUCGACAGGAUGGUGCGCCCGACAAGGAUCGACGUCUCGCCCCAGCAACAGCUUCGACAGCGUCUCGAGAAACGCGGAAUUGGAAGGCCGGACGGACCGUGUUGACCGUGGCACCCCGGUCAGCACCAACCGAAGAAUCAUAG